GGCAUAGAAACAGGCAGCUACUUGGCCCUUUAAAGGACCCAAACAACAAACUACCGGAAAUGUUGAGAAGAUGAAGUAAACAUUGGUCUAAUUUUACUUUAUAACUUCUUCAGAUCACGUAGACUUCACAAAAUGAAUAAUAUGUCCCCUGAAGUCGCACUGCACCGGAUCACCCCGGAGCUUCGGCCGCUGCUGUGCAAUGUGGUCCGAAAUGGACGUGUGGGACUGGACUCCACUAACUGCCUCCGUGUUACAGACCUCAAAACUGGAUGUACUUCAUUGACUCCUGGACCAUGUUGUGAUCGUUUCAAGCUCCACAUCCCUUAUGCUGGAGAGACAUUAAAAUGGGAUAUUAUAUUUAAUGCACAAUAUCCGGAGCUGCCUCCUGAUUUUAUCUUUGGAGAAGAUGCUGAGUUUCUUCCUGAGCCCUCAGAAUUGCCUCACUUGGUCCAGUGGGAUGCAGGAAAUCCAGAAUGCCUGCUCCAGCUGGUAAAGGAGCUGAUCCAGCAGUACCACCAGUACCAGUGCCAGCGUCUGCGCGAGAGCUCCCGGCUGCUCUUCGAGUAUGACAGCCUCCUGGAGGACCCCAACUAUGCCCGCAGCAUCGAGAUCUACGCUGGCCGCAAGAACAGCUGGACUGGAGAGUUUUCUGCCCGAUUCCUCCUUAAACUUCCUGUGGACUUCAGCAACAUCCCUGUCUAUCUUCUAAAGGACACAACCCUUGACCCUGGUGAGGACAUGGCGCUUCUGUCUGUCAGCUUUGAAGAUGCUGAGGCCACACAGGUGUUCCCCAAGCUCUACCUUUCUCCCAGCAUUGAGCAUGCUCUCGGAGGGUCUUCUGCACUGCACAUCCCAGCCUUUCCAAGUGGAGGAUGCCUAAUCGAUUAUGUUCCUCAAGUGUGCCAGUUACUCACCAAUAAGGUGCAGUAUGUUAUCCAAGGUUACCACAAACGCAGGGAGUACAUUGCUGCCUUCCUGAGCCAUUUUGGAACGGGCGUUGUAGAGUAUGAUGCAGAGGGCUUCACAAAACUCACCUUGUUGCUCAUGUGGAAGGAUUUUUGUUUUUUAGUGCAUGUGGAUUUACCAUUGUACUUCCCCCGGGACCAGCCCACCCUCACCUUCCAAUCCGUCUACCACUUUACAAACAGCGGUCAGCUUUACUCACAAGUGCAGAAGUCAUAUCCAUACAGUCCUAGAUGGGAUGGCAACGAGAUGGCCAAAAGAGCAAAAGCGUACUUCAAGAGCUUCAUCCCUCAGUUCCAGGAGGGAGCCUUUGCCAACGGGAAACUGUAGUUUUAAUGGCAUGCCUGCAGAGACAUGGUCUGUGUAUAUUGCUGCGUACCUGGAAGACUUUAGAAGUACUGUACAAGUACGAUGACAAAGUGCACUGACUGCACCAUGAGUAAAUCUCAAGUUUCUUUUUCCAUGAAACUGAAAACUCUUAAUCUGCUCUUUCACUUUACUAGACAUAGUAAUGAGAAACUUCAGCAUCAUAGCCUCACUUUAUAAGAUACCCAGACAUGUUUGUUUAAGUGCCCACAGUUUAUGCAUAACAUGAAAUACAUAUUUGUUGUUGGGACGCACGGACACCUGUUGCUGGUGGUUCAUUUCUUGCAACACUUCUAAUUUUGAUUUGAUCGCUAAACUAGACCAUCCCACUGUUUGGUGAUGCUAUCUACCAAUCACACAUUCUCCUAAUUUGGCCCCAGUCUAAUUCUUAAGUUUGCUACACCCUAGAUAGCCUAACAGGUGCCAUGCAGAAGAAAUGAUCUGUUUUUCACUUCACCUCUUUCAUUGCAUCAUGUCUAAUCUGUUUUUACCACUUUGACUCCAUUAGAGCUAAAACUCCAUUACAGCUGCUGUUCGGUCAAUGGUAUUAUUGUCUCUAUGUAAACAACAUAGAAACUGUCACCAUAAAGAGCUGUUGGAAUGCUGGAGGUAUCUUUGUUUACUGAUCAUUUGUCUUUGUCAUAAAACAGUUCACCUCUAUUUUCACUGUAAAAUGCUGUGUUAUAUUUGACCAUUGAAAUCCCUGUGAAACUUUUACUGAUGUUAAUUGAAAUGUAAGUUAAAGAAGAAUGUUACUCCAGUCCAAUAAACAUGCAUUUUCAUU